GGUAGUAUCGUGUCACCACCGCCGGUGAAUGAUAUCGAAAUUGACGAUGUUGAAUUUGGAGAUCAGCCAGCUCGAAGGACGCGAAAAUUGGAUACUAAAUCGGACAUUCUGCUGCAGCUUGCCGUCCUCGCGGUGGUCGUUGUCAUUGCUAUGGGAGUUUACUUUGCAUUUGUGAUGGUAGCGAAGAAGAAGGGGAAAGUCGGGGAGGCCGGUGGGCUCAAGUUGCCGACGGUUAUGCAGGGUAAAAAACAAAUGAUUGAUUGA